AUGGUGAAUGUGAUGGGAGUCAACAGAACCGAUUUGGAAGUGAAAGACUUUUAUAAUCAUUGGAAGUCCGUGGAGUUAAUCCAUACCAUCUCAACACCGAUGCCUCCACCACCCAAGAAAAUGAUGCUGAUAGAUCCUCCGGUCAUCAGUCGAGCUUAUUUUAUAGUUGUCCGUAAAAACAUCUUUAUCAAAGCCUACUACGUCGCCAUUGGUGAAGAGGGAACACGUAUUCGGAAAUUUUGCUCUGCAAGGAACGUCGCCCUUAUCCACAAUAUCCACAAGACGGUGGUGAGAUAA